CACUCGAACCCUUCUGCAUCGUUGUUUGCAUUGCAUUGUUAAUGUGCCUUUGCUGUUAUUUCUGCCUAUCCUAUCAUUUCAGUCGACUCCGAGUCAAAGCUACUCCUUCUCGCCCCUGCAUUCCGUUCAUACCCCCCGCAUCUUGACGAGGCUCCAGCCUCACUCUUUCCAUUCUAUGUUCAAAGCAUCUUCCAACUAUCUAUACAUUCUUAACCCAAUUGCCUGUUCUGAACAUCACCUUUUUUAUAUCUCACUAUUCUCCAACUACUAAACCCUCUCCAGCCAUGUCCACCUCAGCAAAGCCCCUCACGAUGUCAGAAAUCGAACUCUCAGAAAAAGCGGUCUCAGAAGAUCACUCAUGGACCAUGAUCUCCUCCCCCGAAAUCCCCUUCGGCGGCCUCUCCACAGCCGAAACGCCCCCCUCCUCACAACUCCUCGUCAACCUCCCACCCUACAACUACAGCCCCCUCCCCGGCGACCGUAACAUCCGCAUCCUAGAAGUCUACGGAGCAGACUCCUACGACACGACUCUCUGCUUCAGAAUAACCACCGUAUCCCUGGACUCUGCCCCACCCUACUACGCCGUCUCCUACUGCUGGGAAAACCAAACCCCCACCCAACUCGUAAUCUGCGAAGGCCAAACCAUAACCCUAACCAUCAACUGCGAAGCCGCACUGAAGCAAUUCCGGCCGCGGCAAGGCGAGACGGUGCUCAUCUGGAUCGACGCCGUCUGCAUCGACCAAGCGCGCGGCGCGGUGCGGGAGCGCAACGAGCAGGUUUUUAUGAUGGGCGACGUGUACGCGAAGGCGGCUCAGGUGUGGGUGUGGCUUGGGUCCGAUCGGAUGAAAAGCUUGCCUGUGUCGACGAUUCGGAUUUUGAAUUGGUUGCGGGAUUUGAGCGUUGCGGCUUCGAUUAAGAGUUUCCAGAGGAGGGACGAUGAGGUUUUGAGGGUGGCGCUGGAGAUGAAUCAUCAAGACCUCCACGACCUAGAAUACGACAUGCCCUGGUUCACCCGCAUCUGGGUCCUCCAAGAAGUCCUCCUCUCCCGCAGCGCCAUCCUCUACCGCGACACCAUCCCCAUCAACUACCGCGGCCUGAUCAACGCCACGAACCUCAUCGCCUCGCUCGCCUCCUCCAACCCAGCCCUUCUUUUGCACGACACCUAUCUCCGCACCAACUUCCGGAUGUUCCGGCGUCUCGAAGCCAUAAAAGCUAAGCCGGGCUCCUCUUCCGGUCUCCGCCAGAUCUGGAAUAAUGCUCGUCGAUUUUACUCUUCUGAUCCGAGGGAUAAGGUGUUCGCGCUGCAUUCCCUGUUGACGAGUAUCGGGCUCCCUUUGCCGCCGCCGGAUUACACGAAAGAUGUCGGGACCGUAUACCGUGAGACGACAAAAGCGAUCUUGGUUUAUGAUCGCAGUCUCGGGAUAUUAAAACAAAUCACGGGACUAGGAGUACGAACCGAUCUGAGUUCUUGGAGUCCGGACUGGAAUCAGCGCGUGUAUCCAAAGCGACCGUUCGCGCGGCCCGGAAUGCGGUUCCAGGCAUCGGGAAGAUCAAGGCCUGCGUUUAAGUUUUCGGCGGAUGGGAAAUUGGCUAUUUGUCAGGGGAAGAUCAUCGAAUCUAUAUCGAUGGUGGCGAAAGAUUCAAUGACGCAUACAUGGGAACGCUUAGGACAGAUACAGAAAUAUCUGGAAUGGACGCUUAAUGCUUUACCACAAGAAGAGUUUUGGAGAGAAGUCUUGGAACGGAACCCCGAAUGGAGCGAGAGUAUAUUGUUGGUAUGGAACGUGCACGUUCUGCAGACAUUGAUAGCAUUCGUUGCUUCAACGGCGAACGAGGAUCAAGCGGAAGAAGAUAUAUACAAAGAUCUCCAAGAUUGCCUGGGGGAUUUUAUCGAGAGCGAUUCCGGAUCCUUUGCCCGAGUAGCGAAGUUCGGAGACUGGGACGCGUGGCGGAAUAGUAUUAUGGCGGAAUAUUCAGAUGAGAAAUGGAAAGUAGGGAAAGGAAAAGAAACAGAGAAGCCAGAGGAAACAGAGGAAACAGAGAAAAGCGACGAAACAGAGAAACCAGCCAAACCAGAAGAACCCGACAACCCAGACAAACCAGAAGAAACACCCCCUCCAGACAGCACACCACAAACCACACAAACACCAGACCCAUCCCAACCAGACCCAUCCCAACCAGACAAACCCCUUCCGUCACCCCCCAUCUCCACCCCACCACUCCCCCACCGCCCCUCCAUCCCCCAACACCAAGACUCCCAAAUCUCCCUCGUCGGCCACCGCGAAAUAACCGAUUUCCAACACCUCCGCACGCGCCUCCUCUCCUCCCCCGCCUCGACAUCCGCCCUGCUCUCCACGCCUGAGUUCCGCGCCUGGUCGCGGGUCUGUGAAGAACACAGUCAAGCCGCUUUACACGGCGCCAUAAUCAGCACGACGCACUACCAGACGCUGUUCCGGACGCAGACGACGAACAAGUUGGGCAUGGCGCCGCAUUCGGUCAGAGAAGGGGAUCAGAUCGCGUUGCUGGCUGGGCUGGAUAGCCCGAUGGUGAUUCGGGCGGUGGGGAAUGGGAACUGGAGGAUGGUUAGUGCCGGGUAUGUUUGUGGGAUGAUGGGAGGGGAGGCUUGGGAUAGGGAAUGGAAUAGGGGAGAAGGGCUUGAUGAGUUGACGUUCGAAUAAGGAGAAUCCACAACGGGAGUAGGGCAAGGGGAAGCGAGACUCGAUUCAGGACGAGACGACGCAGACAGCGGAUAAUAGUCGAUCCUUCCUUGAAAUAGACGCCUCCGAGCCUCUGUGCAACCCGUAACGACCAAAAGAGACGACAACUUCAAAACUUCUGCAUGAAGCAAAUACUACACCAGCCACAGCAGAAAACAAGAAAAACGGCAACAACGGAUGAACCUAAGCGCCGACUUCGCACCGAUGAUCCUCGAUUCGUCACCCAAAAAGACGGUGAACGACAACAAACGACACCAUAAAUAACCACAC